CGGCGGGAUAGUUGUUUCGUUAGCUGACGAACAUCUUUGUCCGUUUCGAGGCGGCAGAGCUGCAGGUGAACCCGCACACACUCAGUGAGUCCAGGACACCAGAGUCCAGCAGUCAGAGUGGAGACCUGCUGGAUCUCAGAGACCAGGACCAGGAGCCCGUUUCAGAAAGCAGCUUUAACAAACUCUGAGAUGGAAAAGUUUUCGGUUCCAGAACAGCUGAUCAGAGUUUGUUCAAUCAAAUGUGAGGAUGAAAACAGCCUUCAUCAAUGGAGCUCUGAUACUACGAUUCACCAUGGCAACAGAGACCAGGACCAGGAGCACUACAAGAGCAAAACGGAGGAGGACCAGCAGAACCCGGACCAGUGGAGCAACAAGGUCCCCAGAAGACCAGCAGCAGGCUCAUCCUCUGAUACCACCAAUGUUCAGAAACGGAGAAGAAGAAAGGGACUGAUUCAUCAGAGAGUUCACACUGGAGAGAAACUACACAGCUGUGACCAAUGUGAGAAAACGUUCACUUCAGGGAGUAACCUCAAAGUCCACCAACGCAUUCACACUGGAGAGAAACCCUACAGCUGUGAUGAAUGUGGGGCAGCUUUCACUACAUCAGGUGACCUGAAAAAGCAUCAACGCAUUCACACUGGAGAGAAACCCUACAGCUGUGAAGAAUGUGGGGCAGCUUUCCUACAACAAAGUCAUCUAAAAAGACAUCAACGCAUUCACACUGGAGAGAAACCGUACUGGUGUGACCAAUGUGGGAAAGCUUUUUCAGAUCAUAGCUCCUUUAAAUGCCAUCAACGCAUUCACAGUGGAGAGAAACCGUACUGGUGUGACCAAUGUGGGAAAACUUUUUCUCGGGGUAGUUUCCUUAAAACCCACCAACGCAUUCACACUGGAGAGAAACCGUACUGGUGUGUCCAAUGUGGGAAAACUUUUUCAGAUCAUAGCUCCUUUAAAUGCCAUCAACGCAUUCACAGUGGAGAGAAACCUUACUGGUGUGACACAUGUGGGAAAACUUUUUCUGAAUGUAGUUCCCUUAAAAUCCACCAACGCAUUCACACUGGAGAGAAACCGUACUGGUGUGACCAAUGUGGGAAAACUUUUUCUCAGGGCACGAACCUUAAAACCCACCAACGCGUUCACAGUGGAGAAAAACCAUACUGUUGUGACCAAUGUGGUAAAACUUUUUCUCAGAGUAGUAGCCUUAAAUCCCACCAACGCAUUCACACUGAAUCUUUUUUGAGUCCAGGACAACAGAGUCCAGCAGUCAGAGUGGAGACCUGCUGGAUCUCAGAGACCAGGACCAGGAGCCCGUUUCAGAAAGCAGCUUUAACAAACUCUGAGAUGGAAAAGUGUUCGGUUCCAGAACAGCUGAUCAGAGUUUGUUCAAUCAAAUGUGAGGAUGAAAACAGCCUUCAUCAAUGGAGCUCUGAUACUACGAUUCACCAUGGCAACAGAGACCAGGACCAGGACCAGGAGCACUACAAGAACGAAAUGGAGGAGGACCAGCAGAACCCGGACCAGCGGAGCAACAAGGUCCCCAGAAGACCAGCAGCAGGCUCGUCCUCUGAUACCACCGAUAUUCAGAAACAGAGAGGAAGAAAGGGACUGAUUCAUCAGAGUGUUCACACUGGAGAGAAACUACACAGCUGUGACCAAUGUGAGAAAACUUUCACUUCGGGGAGGAAUCUCAAAGUCCACCAACGCAUUCACACUGGAGAGAAACCUUACCGCUGUGAUGAAUGUGGGACAGCUUUCAUACAACAGAGUAACCUAAAAACACAUCAACGCAUUCACACUGGAGAGAAACCCUACAGCUGUGAUGAAUGUGGGGCAGCUUUCAUACAACAGAGUAACCUAAAAACACAUCAACAAAUUCACACAGGAGAGAAACCGUACUGGUGUGACCAAUGCGGGAAAACGUUUUCUCAGCCUUGUUCCCUUAAAACCCACAAACGCAUUCACAGUGGAGAGAAACCAUACUGGUGUGACCAAUGUGGGAAAACUUUUUCUCAGGGUGCUCACCUCAAAGGCCACCAACGCAUUCACACUGGAGAGAAACCAUACUGGUGUGACCAAUGUGGUAAAACUUUUUCUCGGUCUGAUCACCUUAAAGCCCACCAACGCAUUCACACUUUUGUAGUGAGUCCAGGACACCAGAGUCCAGCAGUCAGAGUGGAGACCUGCUGGAUCUCAGAGACCAGGACCAGGAGCCCGUUUCAGAAAGCAGCUUUAACAAACUCUGAGAUGGAAAAGUUUUCGGUUCCAGAACAGCUGAUCAGAGUUUGUUCAAUCAAAUGUGAGGAUGAAAACAGCCUUCAUCAAUGGAGCUCUGAUACUACGAUUCACCAUGGCAACAGAGACCAGGACCAGGACCAGGAGCACUUCAAGAGCGAAAUGGAGGAGGACCAGCAGAACCCGGACCAGCAGAGCAACAAGGUCCCCAGAACACCAGCAGCAGGCUCGUCCUCUGAUACCACCGAUGUUCAGAAACGGGGAGGAAGAAAGGGACUGAUUCAUCAUAGAGUUCACACUGGAGAGAAACUACACAGCUGUGACCAAUGUGGGAAAACUUUCACUUCAAGGAGUACCCUCACAGUCCACCAACGCAUUCACACUGGAGAGAAACCCUACAGCUGUGAUGAAUGUGGGGCAGCUUUCCUAUACCAGAGUAGCCUAAAAAGACAUCAACGCAUUCACACUAAAGAGAAACCCUACAGCUGUGAUGAAUGUGGGGCAGCUUUCUUACAGCAGAGUAACCUAAAAAGACAUCAACGCAUUCACACUGGAGAGAAACCCUACAGCUGUUAUGAAUGUGGGGCAGCUUUUACUACGUCAGGUGACCUGAAAAAGCAUCAACGCAUUCACACUGGAGAGAAACCAUACAGCUGUGAUGAAUGUGGGGCAGCUUUCACUUCAUCAGGUGAGCUGAAAAAGCAUCAAGUCAUUCACACUGGAGAAAAACCCUACAGCUGUGAUCUAUGUGGGGCAUCUUUCCGGCGCCAGAGUCACCUAAAAAGCCAUCAACGCAUCCACACUGGAGAGAAACCCUACAGCUGUAAUGAAUGUGGGGCAGCUUUUGCUUCAUCAGGUGACCUGAAAAAACAUCAACGCAUUCACACUGGAGAGAAACCCUACAGCUGUGAUGAAUGUGGGGCAGCUUUCACUACAUCAGGUAACCUGAAAAUACAUCAACGCAUUCACACUGGAGAGAAACCUUACAGCUGUGAUGAAUGUGGGUCAGCUUUCACUAAAUCAGGUGACCUGAAAAAGCAUCAACGCAUUCACACGGGAGAGAAACCGUACUGGUGUGACCAAUGCGGGAAAACUUUUUCUGAUGGUAGUGCCCUUAAAUCCCACCAACGCAUUCACAGUGGAGAGAAACCAUACUGGUGUUACCAAUGUGGGCAAACUUUUUCUUGGAAAAGUUCCCUUAAAACCCACCAACGCAUUCACACUGGAGGUGAGAUUCUUAAUUUACAACCAGCCUGGUUAAGCUCACAGAGGAGAAACAACCACAAGACUUAGUACCUAUCCUCACCAUUUGAGCUGUUUAAUGAAUUAUGGGUUAAAGGCCCUGAUAUCUGGUUCUUCCCAAAGACUCAGAGAAGCAAUGAAGACCAACCAGUAAGACUCAAUGAACUGAUGAUGAGAAUCAGAAUUAAACUAAUUAGUUUAAUUUAAUUUAAAAUGUACAUUAGAUAAUAUGCUAUGUUUAACCAAUCAUCUGAAAAGAUCUGAAGUUUGUUGUACAGGUUGGAGCUCUCAAGCAGAACUGGAGAAACAAUAUGAAUAUAAGUAGGUUUUAUGACCUCCUCCUCCUCAGUUUAUGACCUGCACUGCAUUCCUUUGGGUGGCUCACACACAGUCACAUAAACAGAGACACAUCCAAGCUGUGAAGAAGAUGAAAUGAAACUGACAUUUAAUGCAAAUUAACAUGUACUUAAAUUGAACUGCUGAGCUAACAUAUUUUUUAAUAACAGAAAGUUUGUUUAACAUGUACAUGUUUGGGACAAAAAGGAAACUGAAAUAAGUGGGAGCCUGCAGAGAGAUGCACAGCUGGUCUCUAAUCCCUCCCUCUGUUCAUCUGUGGACCCUUCAUUUCUUAGAUUAAACAUUCCUGUUAGAGGUCAAAUCCACAUUUCUGAUACUGAACUGGUUUAGUUUAUCUAUGUCAUUUAUUUUCAGUUUAUGACUGAAAUACUCAUGCUAAUAAACAAACACAUUUUCACAAAUUAAGCCCAAACAAGUUACACUGACUAAAGAGUGUAGAUCAAAACCUUCCCUUUAUAUUAAUCACUUGGUUAGAUCUUGCCAGCCUACAGACAUGUUAUUUCUAUAUAUGCAUAUUAUAGGUCCCCGGAGAUUUAAAAUAGAAAUUCGGGUGUACACUAAUACCUCAGUUAGUCCUAUAUUUUUAAUAUAUGUUUUUAAUCUACUUAAAGUGUAUUACACCUUUUAACGUUGUUUGUGAACCAUACACAAAUCGACCCCUUUUUACUGUUACAUGUGA